UGUCUGGUCUCUACAAACUCUAGACUCGCUUCUCCCCGGUCCAUUGCUCGUCUCGUCUCUCCCACGAGCUCUGCUUCUGCUGGUCCCGCGGGAUCCUCUCCUGUCUGCAUUUCCUCUUCCUUCCUGGUUCUCCCUGAAACACGCGGACUAUAUCACUGCCUCCGUCCAGCUUGUAUACAACACGCCCAACCUCCCUCUCCUCUUCCUCUCUCCCCCUCUUCCUCGUCCUCUUCAUUCUCCAUUACCUUAUACCAAUCCUCCGCAAUGAAUUCCACCACCUUGCACUCGAGUCCCGUCAAAGACGGCAGACGCAUUCUCGGCGAAAAGACCGUCAACGCGUGCAUGUCCCCUCAUCGACAUGUCUCGCCUGUCAAACACUCGUUCCUCGAUGUUUCCUCACCCAAGAAGCAAUUGCUUCCCUCACCAUCUUUUGCUGGCCAAAAACGCUCCAUUGAUCAAGUGGAUCACGGGGUGUCUGGAAACAAAGACCCCCGACGCGUUCGCGACGAGGCCGUCACGGUCCAGGCGACUAGUCGGCCUUCCUCUCUUUCGCCAUUCUCUUCUCGAGAACAGACCACCACCUCAGACUUACAGGCACCCGCGACGGAAUCGCGAGAUUCAAACCAAGACCCCCAACCACAAACACACGAGCAACCGAAAGCAACACCAGAGCCGGAAUCGACCAAAACACCCCAAGAAGAGUCACGAUCAACAACGCGUCUCGUGCCUGAGGACCCCGAGACGCGAAAGUUGUUUAUUCAACAGAAAGCAAGCCUCCUCCGAAACCGAAUCCAAAGCGCCAUGCGCCAUGUUCGAGACCCUCAGUUCGACCGUCGACUGUCGGAGCUGGAAGCACACAGCCGCAAAUUACCCCGAUUGUCGGUACCCGAAGCCUCCACUCCGAGUCCACACGCAAAGGACCCCGCCAGCGCCAGCUCCCCGGCUUUCACUCCUCGAGCCCUUCCGCCCUCCCAGGAGCUCAACCAACCCUCCGAGACCACAGCCCCUGCCCCGUCAGGACUCUCGUCCCCGCCCCUGUCGCAGGGGAAUGCCCACGCUCAGGAUGACCCGAUGAAGACCCCGACGCAGAAGACCCACCGACGCACAGAUACCGCGGGGUCACCGAUGCAGCUGAGCAGUCCUCCCGCCAGCGCCUCACGGGGUGGUCGAUCCGUGCGGACCCCGACAGGGGCAGAGACGAUCCAACAAGAGGAUGCCGCAAGGGAACAACGGCUUGUCACACCGGCUCAGAGGGGAGACGCCGUGGACGGACUUCUCAAGCUCAUGAGCACGGGGGAGAAGCGCACCGAUUCAAGUCCGUGGGCGGGUUCUGAAUAGAACGCAACAAAUAUUUUGGAUCAUUUCCCUUCA